UGUCUAAGUUGAGGGGGCAAACGAACCUUUGUUGAUUGAGUUAUUAACGUCGGCUUUGUUACAGCUUUCCGGUCGCUCUGCUCUCUACACUCUCCGAGCCACUUUCUCUCUUCUUCUCCAACAAAAACUCAGUUUUUUCUUACUACCAUUUAACAUGAAACAUCGCAAACUCCCGAACCCUCAAUUAAUUACCCUCAAUAACCUUAAAUCUUCAAUUCUCGUCUUCAAAACCCCAAGCCAAUUCUCUGCACAUUUUUCUUCAACUGUAAUAAACCCAACCACUGACCCCGACGACACUGAAAACCAAUACCCAAACACCAACACAGGCUCACCGCCAAUACCCACUCUCCAAUCUCUCCUCAACUCUAUCCAAUCUUCUCAGUGGCAUUUUAUCAAACACCUUGCACCCAAUUUAACACCUUCACUUAUUUCACCCACUCUGUUAAGUCUAGUAAAGACACCUGAUUUAGCAUUUCAAUUUAUAACCCACAUUGGGUUUGAUCGUCUCGAUGUUAAAACUAAAUGCCUCGCUGUUGCUGUAGUUUCGCGCUUGUCAAAUCCGAAACCUGCAGUAUGCCUUGUAAAACAAGCUAUUGUAAGUGGUGGUCUCAGUGUUAAGGAUGUUUUUGAUGAGUUGGUUAUUGCCUGGGGUCAGUUGGGUAGUAAGAGUAGUAUUGUUUUUGAUAUGUUGAUAAAGGCUUGUUGUGAGUUGAAGAGAGGUGAUGAUGCAUUUGUGUGUUUAAACAUGAUGAAGGAGAAGGGUUUUGUUCCCAAGACUGAGACAUGUAAUAGUAUGUUGAGUUUGUUCUUGAAGUUGAACCGGACGGAGAGUGCUUGGGUUCUGUAUGCAGAGAUGUUUAGGUUGAGGAUUAAGUCAAGUGUGUAUACGUUUAAUAUCAUGAUUAAUGUUUUGUGUAAGGAAGGGAAGUUGAAAAAGGCGAAGGAGUUUAUUGGGACUAUGGAGAGUUUAGGGGUUAAGCCUACUGUUGUUACGUAUAAUACUUUGAUUCAUGGAUAUUGUUCGACAGGAAGGGUUGAAGGUGCUCGAUUGAUUCUGGAUGUAAUGACACAUAAAGGUGUUGAGCCGGAUUCAUACACUUAUGGUUCGAUUAUUAGUGGGAUGUGUAAGGAAGGAAGACUGGAGGAGGCGUCUGGGACGCUUGAGAAAGUGAAAGAAAUUGGGUUGCUACCAACUGCUGUGACUUAUAACAUUUUGAUUGAUGGGUAUUGCAAUAAAGGGAAUUUGGAGAAGGCUUUUGGCUAUAGGGAUGAGAUGGUUAGCAGAGGUAUAUUGCCUACUGUUUCUACUUAUAAUUUGUUGAUUCAUGCUUUAUUUUUGGAAGCGAAGAUGAAUGAAGCUGAUGUUAUGAUAAAAGACAUGCUAGAUAACGGGAUAGUUCCUGAUUCUAUAACCUACAAUAUUAUGAUUAAUGGAUAUUGCAGAUGUGGAAAUGCAAAGAAAGCAUUUAGCCUCCAUGAUGAAAUGAUAAGUAAGGGUAUUCAGCCUACAUUGGUUACUUAUACAUCACUGGUUUAUGUACUAAGUAAACAGAAGAGAAUGAAAGAGGCUGAUGACCUGUUUAAAACGAUACUCUGUAAAGGCAUGUUACCAGAUCUUAUAAUGUUCAAUGCCUUGAUUGAUGGUCAUUGUGCUAAUGGGGAUUUGGACUGUGCAUUUGCAUUGCUGAAGGUGAUGGAUGAAAGGAAUGUCGUUCCUGACGAAGUGACUUACAAUACCCUAAUGCAAGGUCGUUGUAGGGAGGGAAAAGUAGAAGAAGCUCGUCAGCUUCUUGAAGAGAUGAAGAACAGAGGAAUUAAACCUGACCACAUUAGUUACAAUACUCUGAUUAGUGGUUACAGUAAGAGAGGAGAUAUAGUAGAUGCCUUCAAAGUUAGAGACGAGAUGUUGAGUAUAGGAUUCAAUCCCACACUUCUCACUUAUAAUGCCCUCAUACAAGGUUUAUGCAAAAAACAGGAAGGAGAUCUUGCUGAACAGCUCCUCAAAGAGAUGGUUAGCAAUGGCAUUACUCCUGAUGACAGUACCUACCUCUCAUUGAUUGAGGGUAUAGGAAAAGUUGACGAAUCUUCAGGAACUAUUGCUUCAUAAUCAAUUUAUCUGAUUGCAGCAAUUAAAUCUUCUCCAUGACUUUGUUUACAAUUUUUUAUAGGCUUAGCUCAGUAUGCUGCAUGCCUUAAAAACUUGCAACAAUAGAUUAAGUAGCUGGAUGGGGUUCAUACGAAGAACUGUUCGGGAUUAUUUUACUGCCCUUCAUCAAGUCUCCUUUUACUGGCGCUGUGAAUUUUUUACCUUUUUUGAAGUGGAGUUGGACUUAUGACAUGUACAUCUUUUAUAUACUGCUACAGUAGUAAGGUAAUGAAGUCGGCAUCCACUGUGUGGACUCUUUGUAAACUUAACAUUCAUAGAGCUCGCAAGGUAGUCUGGGACUGAGAACAACCUCCAAUGGUGUUGCUUUAGGUGAAGUCAAUCCAGGACUCUCACUCAUAUCAACUGGAUUAUCUGCGACUGUAGUUAACUCGAACCCCUGAAGCAGUCGAGCUAAUGUCAGGUGCAGAACCUGAAGCGCAAACGACACUCCUGGGCACAUUCUUCUACCAGAACCAAAAGGCUGAAACUCCAGAGAGUUGAUCCAAACAGUCGGGUCACGGUGCAUCUUCCACAGGUUAACGAAAAGACGAGUUCCAGCUGGGAUAUGAUAACCUGCUAUGAUGCAAUCCUCCAUGGCUUCCCUUGGCACUAAGAGUGGCGUGGCAGGGUACAGUCUGAGUGUUUCCUUCACAACAGCUUGCAAAUAUACGAGGUUAGUCGUGCAUGAACCACUCUCCACUUGCUGAUGCUUUCCUACAUAGAUGUCAAGUUCAUGUUGAGCCUUUUUUAGCACAUGACGGUUGUUCAAUAGCAAAGAUAUUGCCCAUGUAAGAGUGAUCGCAUUUGUAUCAUACCCACCCAGAAUUAGACUCUGCGAUACAUAUGAUAUAUUAGAUUAAAUAAUGAACAUAUAUCUGUCCUGAUUGGAUUUCAGGGUUCAAAGUUUCAGAAA